ACUUCACGAGAGUUGGAAGGAAGCAGGUGCAAAUCAACAACAUUAGUUCUUCGAUUUUAUCCCUCUCAAUUUCCUGAAAGCCCAUCCAUCAUUGUAUUUGUGGGAGCAGCAGAGUCUCUAUGACUGCUACGAGCUCCACUGCACCAUGGAUUCUAAAGAGAGCGUUUCAGGCUUUUGGACUCUCUCGUCCUCUCCACCCAACAAAUUCGAAUCUCUCUUUUUCACGAGCCCUUCGCUGUCUUCCUCCGAAACCCCCUCUGAGACACUCAGCUUUAGGGAUAUGUCAGCUGGCGCAAGCUAUAAAGGGGGAUGUUGAUGUUUUACUUAAGGGUGUGGGAGACAAAAGUGCGAUUGAAGAAGUGAAGCAUGUUCUUGAAAUGGCUAGACGGGCAUCUUCAAGAAGACAAGUCCUCCACACUGAUUUUCUUACCCCACCAGUACUUAAAGAGUCAAUGCUAGUGCUGGAAAAAGUGGCUGAUGUCAAAACAGUUGCCCAGGGGGGAUACCCACAGGCCGAGCGUUGCCGGAUUUCGGUGGGACAUCCAGAAGCAUUGACAAGUGAUCCGGACAUAGUUGUUGCAUUGAGCAUCACAGGAAACUUUGGGUUCCAGCCUUGUUCUCAUGGUGACUUCCUUGGUGCAAUUCUUGGUACAGGGAUUGCCAGGGAAAAGGUUGGAGAUAUACUCUUGCAGGGAGAGAAGGGCGCUCAAAUCCUAGUUGUUCCUGAACUUGUAGAUUUCCUCACCUCGUCACUUGAUAAGGUUGGUAAUGUUUCGGUCGCUUGUACAACAAUUCCAUUGCUUGCUCUUCAAUAUGAACCUCCGAGGACUAAGUCAUUCAAAACAGUUGAAGCAUCGCUGAGAGUAGACGCUAUCGCUAGUGCAGGAUUUAAGAUUUCACGGUCGAAGCUAGUUGAUUUGAUCAGGGGGAUGUGCGUGUCAAUUGGACCACUGUUACGAAAAAUGGCAUUACGCUCAAGACUGGGGAUGUUGUGUCUGUCAGUGGGAAAGGAAGACUGAAGAUAGGAGAAAUAAUCACCACAAGGAAGGGCAAGUUUGCUGUUGAGAUCAUUCAAUACUUGUGAAGUUCUCCAUCUGUUAGCAUUUGAACAUCCAUCAGAAGCUGGCCGUAUUUUCCUGAGAGCCAAUUAUUAUCUUGAAGUUCUCUCUUAUUCCUUGUAGAAUGUGAUUCACAAGCUUUUCAGUUAUUCUGUAUGAUAUUUGGAUUAUAUCUUUGUUGAACUCUUGCAGGCUUCCUUAAUAAAAAGACCACAAGUUUUGAUUACUUUGAA